AGGGGUGCGGGGCGGGCCGGGCCGGGGGCGCGCAGCCCGUCACGCGGUGCCGCCGUCACUGAGCCCAGCGCAGCCCAGGAACAGCAGCAGCUCAGGGCUCGGGGACCCGCGCCCAUGCCCGCACCCAUGCCGAGCCGCCGCCAGUGACGCCGGAGAGGUGUCUCCCACGUUUGCUGGGGCUCCCGCCGCCGCUGCUAGGAGGACGCACGAAGGCUGCAGAGAUGGCCGGCGCCUCAGUGAAGGUGGCAGUGCGCGUCCGCCCCUUCAAUUCCCGGGAAACGAGCCGUGACUCCAAGUGUAUCAUCCAGAUGUCGGGAAGCACCACCACCAUCGUUAACCCCAAACAGCCCAAGGAGACCCCCAAAAGCUUCAGCUUCGACUAUUCCUACUGGUCGCACACCUCGCCCGAGGACAUCAACUACGCGUCGCAGAAGCAGGUGUAUAGGGACAUUGGUGAGGAGAUGCUGCAGCAUGCCUUCGAGGGAUACAACGUCUGCAUUUUCGCCUAUGGCCAGACUGGGGCUGGCAAAUCCUACACCAUGAUGGGCAAGCAGGAGAAGGACCAGCAGGGCAUCAUCCCGCAGCUCUGCGAGGACCUGUUCUCCCGAAUCAAUGACACGACCAAUGACAACAUGUCCUACUCUGUGGAGGUCAGCUACAUGGAGAUUUACUGUGAGCGUGUCCGCGACCUCCUGAACCCCAAAAACAAGGGCAACCUGCGUGUGAGGGAACACCCACUGCUGGGGCCAUACGUGGAGGACCUCUCCAAGCUGGCCGUGACCUCCUACAAUGACAUCCAGGACCUCAUGGACUCAGGGAACAAGGCCAGGACUGUGGCCGCCACGAACAUGAAUGAGACCAGCAGUCGCUCCCACGCCGUCUUCAACAUCAUCUUCACCCAGAAGCGCCAUGAUGCAGAGACCGACAUCACCACAGAGAAAGUGAGCAAAAUCAGCCUGGUGGACCUGGCUGGGAGCGAGCGGGCGGACUCCACAGGAGCCAAGGGCACACGUCUCAAGGAGGGAGCCAACAUCAACAAGUCCUUGACCACACUGGGGAAGGUCAUCUCUGCUCUGGCGGAAAUGGACUCUGGGCCCAAUAAGAACAAGAAAAAGAAGAAGACAGAUUUCAUUCCCUACAGAGAUUCCGUGCUGACCUGGCUGCUCAGGGAAAACCUGGGUGGGAACUCGAGGACAGCAAUGGUGGCAGCCCUGAGCCCUGCAGACAUCAACUAUGACGAGACACUGAGCACCCUGAGGUAUGCCGACCGGGCCAAGCAGAUCCGCUGUAACGCCGUCAUCAACGAGGACCCCAACAACAAGCUGAUCCGCGAGCUGAAGGACGAGGUGACCCGGCUGCGGGACCUGCUGUAUGCACAGGGUCUUGGGGACAUCACCGACACCAACACUGUGCCCGGAGGACCCAAAUACGUGUCCGACCUUGAGAACAAUAACUGUAACGGUGGCGGGGCAGAGUUGAGUGAAGCCCCUGACAAUCUCUCCACAGUGACCAACGCCCUGGUGGGCAUGAGCCCCUCAUCCUCACUCUCGGCCCUGUCCAGCCGCGCCGCCUCCGUGUCCAGCUUGCAUGAGCGCCUCUUAUUUGCCCCGGGCAGUGAGGAGGCCAUCGAAAGGCUGAAGGAGACGGAGAAAAUCAUAGCUGAGCUCAACGAAACCUGGGAAGAGAAGCUGCGGCGGACAGAAGCCAUCCGGAUGGAGAGAGAAGCGCUGCUGGCCGAGAUGGGCGUGGCCAUGAGGGAGGACGGUGGCACCCUGGGUGUGUUCUCUCCCAAAAAGACACCGCAUCUUGUCAACCUGAAUGAGGACCCGCUGAUGUCCGAGUGCCUCCUCUACUACAUCAAGGAUGGGCUCACCAGAGUGGGCCGGGAGGAUGCAGAGAGACGGCAGGACAUCGUCCUGAGUGGGCACUUCAUCAAAGAGGAGCAUUGCGUCUUCCGGAGCGACUCCCGGGGGUGCAGCGAAGCCGUGGUGACCCUGGAGCCCUGUGAAGGGGCAGACACUUACGUCAACGGCAAGAAAGUCACGGAGCCCAGCAUCCUGCGGUCAGGGAACCGCAUCAUCAUGGGCAAGAGCCACGUGUUCCGGUUCAACCACCCCGAGCAGGCCCGGCAGGAGCGCGAGCGCACGCCCUGUGCCGAGACGCCUGCGGAGCCCGUGGACUGGGCCUUUGCCCAGCGCGAGCUGCUGGAGAAGCAGGGCAUCGAUAUGAAGCAGGAGAUGGAGCAGAGGCUCCAGGAGCUGGAGGACCAGUACCGCCGGGAGCGGGAAGAGGCCACCUACCUGCUGGAGCAGCAGAGGCUGGACUACGAGAGCAAGCUGGAGGCCCUGCAGAAGCAGAUGGACUCCAGGUACUUCCCAGAGAUGAACGAGGAGGACGAAGAGCCAGAGGACGAAGUCCCGUGGACGGAGAGGGAGUGCGAGCUGGCGCUGUGGGCCUUCCGGAAGUGGAAGUGGUACCAGUUCACGUCACUGCGGGACCAGCUGUGGGGCAAUGCCAUCUUCCUCAAGGAGGCCAAUGCCAUCAGCGUGGAGCUAAAGAAGAAGGUCCAGUUCCAGUUUGUCCUCCUCACGGACACACUCUACUCCCCACUGCCACCAGACCUACUGCCCCCAGAGGCUGCCAAAGACCGAGAGAUGCGCCCCUUCCCCCGUACCAUCGUGGCUGUGGAGGUCCAGGACCAGAAGAACGGGGCCACCCACUACUGGACGCUGGAGAAACUCAGGCAGCGCCUGGACCUGAUGCGGGAGAUGUACGACCGGGCGGCCGAGGUGCCCUCCAGCGUCAUCGAGGACUGUGACAAUGUGGUGACCGGUGGAGACCCCUUCUACGACCGCUUCCCCUGGUUCCGGCUGGUGGGCAGUUCAGUCAUCUCUGGCUGCAACAGCUACCCUCUUCUCAACACAUGCAUGAGCGAGCGCAUGGCUGCUCUCACCCCCUCCCCCACCUUCUCGAGCCCCGACUCUGACAGCACGGAGCCUGCGGAGGAGCAGAGCGUGGGGGAGGAGGAGGACCUGGAGGACGACGUGUUUCCAGAGCACGCGCUGUGCGACGGCCGGGACCCGUUUUACGACCGGCCCCCCCUGUUCAGUGUAGUAGGAAGGGCCUUCGUGUACCUGAGCAACCUGCUGUACCCCGUGCCCCUGGUACACCGAGUGGCCAUCGUCAGCGAGAAGGGCGAGGUGAAGGGCUUUCUCCGUGUGGCCGUCCAGGCCAUCUCAGCUGAUGAAGAGGCCCCUGAUUAUGGCUCUGGCGUCCGCCAGUCGGGAACCGCCAAGAUCUCUUUUGACGACCAGCAUUUCGAAAAGUUCCAGUCGGAGUCGUGCCCCGUGGGGGGACUGUCCCGCUCGGGGACCUCCCAGGAAGAGCUGCGCAUCGUGGAAGGUCAGGGCCAGGGCGCCGACGCAGGGCCCUCUGCCGACGAGGUCAACAACAACACCUGCUCAGCAGCAGCACCUCCGGAAGGCCUCCUCCUGGACAGCCCCGAGAAGGCCGCCCUGGACGGGCCCCUGGACAGCGCCCUGACCCACCUGCACCUGGGCAGCGCCUUCACCUUCCGCGUGACCGUCCUGCAGGCAUCCAGCAUCUCUGCCGAGUACGCCGACAUCUUCUGCCAGUUCAACUUCAUCCAUCGCCAUGACGAGGCCUUCUCCACGGAGCCCCUAAAGAACACAGGGAGGGGCCCCCCACUGGGCUUCUACCACGUCCAGAACAUCGCUGUGGAGGUGACCAGGUCCUUCAUUGAGUACAUCAAGAGCCAGCCCAUCGUGUUCGAGGUUUUCGGCCAUUACCAGCAGCACCCGUUCCCACCUCUCUGCAAGGACGUGCUCAGCCCCCUGAGACCUUCACGCCGCCAUUUCCCCCGGGUCAUGCCGCUGUCCAAGCCAGUACCCGCCACCAAGCUCAGCACACUGACUCGUCCCUCUCCUGGCCCCUGCCACUGCAAGUAUGACCUGCUGGUCUACUUCGAGAUCUGUGAGCUGGAGGCCAAUGGCGACUACAUCCCUGCAGUGGUGGACCACCGUGGCGGGAUGCCAUGCAUGGGGACCUUCCUGCUGCACCAGGGCAUCCAGAGACGGAUAACUGUGACGCUGCUGCAUGAGACCGGCAGCCACAUCCGCUGGAAGGAAGUUCGAGAGCUGGUUGUGGGUCGCAUCCGCAACACCCCGGAAACCGACGAGUCCCUGAUUGACCCCAACAUCUUGUCUCUCAACAUCCUCUCAUCGGGGUACGUCCACCCGGCCCAGGACGACCGGCAGUUUCUUGAUUCGGACAUACCUAGCGUUUCACUCGGAAAUGACACUAGGACCUUUUACCAGUUUGAGGCUGCGUGGGACAGCUCCAUGCAUAACUCUCUCCUGCUGAACCGGGUCACCCCGUAUCGAGAGAAAAUCUACAUGACCCUUUCUGUUUACAUUGAGAUGGAGAACUGCACCCAGCCGGCCAUCAUCACCAAGGACUUCUGCAUGGUCUUCUACUCCCGCGACGCCAAGCUGCCCGCCUCACGCUCCAUCCGUAACCUGUUCGGCAGUGGGAGCCUGCGGGCCUCGGAGAGCAACCGUGUCACAGGCGUGUAUGAGCUCAGCCUGUGCCAUGUGGCCGAUGUGGGCAGCCCCGGCAUGCAGCGGCGGCGCAGGCGGGUGCUGGACACAUCGGUGGCCUAUGUGCGGGGAGAGGAGAACCUGGCGGGCUGGCGGCCCCGCAGUGACAGCCUCAUCCUGGACCACCAGUGGGAGCUGGAGAAGCUCAGCCUCCUUCAGGAGGUGGAGAAGACCAGGCACUACCUGCUGCUGCGGGAGAAGCUGGAGACCACCCAGCGCCCAGGCCCUGAGGCGCCGUCUCCCACCUCCAGUGAAGACGCCGAAUCCCACAGCUCGUCCAGCGCCUCCUCCCCUCUCUCUGCCGAGGGCCGGGCAUCGCCUCUGGAGGUUCCCAACGAGAGGCAGCGGGAGCUGGCUGUGAAGUGCUUACGCCUCCUCACGCACACGUUCAACAGAGAGUACACGCACAGCCACGUGUGCGUCAGCGCCAGCGAGAGCAAGCUCUCCGAGAUGUCUGUCACUCUGCUCCAGGACUCAUCCAUGUCCCCUUUGGGGGCAGCCACGCUCACCCCCUCCUCUACCUGCCCCUCUCUGGUCGAAGGGCGGUACGGUGCAGCUGACCUCAGGACCCCCCAGCCCAGUUCCCGGCCAGCCAGCCCAGAGCCCGAGCCCGUGUUAGAGGCAGAUUCCAAGAAGACAGCGUCCCCUGCUCCGGUGACAGAGGCAGACAAGGAGCCCCAACGCCUGCUGGUUCCCGACAUCCAGGAGAUCCGGGUCAGCCCCAUCGUCUCCAAGAAGGGGUACCUGCAUUUCCUGGAGCCGCACACGGCCGGCUGGGCCAAGCGCUUUGUGGUCGUGCGGCGGCCUUACGCCUACAUGUACAACAAUGACAAGGACUCUGUGGAGAGGUUUGUGCUCAACCUGUCCACCGCCCAGGUGGAGUACAGCGAGGACCAGCAGGCCAUGCUGAAGACACCCAACACGUUUGCCGUGUGCACGGAGCACCGUGGGAUCCUGCUGCAGGCCUCCAGUGACAAGGACAUGCACGACUGGCUCUACGCGUUCAACCCCCUCCUGGCCGGGACCAUACGGUCCAAGCUCUCCAGAAGGAGGUCUGCCCAGAUGAGGGUCUGAGCCAGACGACACCCCAGCCCUGGACACAACCAGCAGGCCCGGCCCUGCUCCCCAGUCCUCUGCCACCCAUUGUGUCAUCGCCGCCCAGCCCUCCCCAUCAGGCAGCCAAGUCCCCUCCUCCUGGGGACGCCCGAGCUGGGCCCAGCGAGUCCCACCUCUGGCCGGGGGACCUGCACCACAUGACGAGUCGUGCUCCCAGCAGAGGCCCGUUUGUUGUCGGUUCUUCUCAGACGUGUCCUAGGGGGAGGAGUCGGGAGGUGCUGGAGAGGCCAGAGGGCACAAGUCACAGGGUGUCGCGCCGUUCUAAUAUUUUUUUAAGCAUAGACAGACUUACAAUUAAUAUACGGUAGUUAGCGACAUGAAACAGUCCGCUCAGAAAUUAACUAUAAGACUGGUUCUAUUUAUAAGUAUUUAUUUCUAACGCCCUCACGUAGACCCGUAGGAAGCAGACGGACCCUGCCCCACUUGUCCCCACACACAUCUCCAAACCUCUUAGGGACAGUCAGGAUGAGGCAGCUGCCUUGGAAAACCACAGUGAGCAGGUAUCUGGACAGCAGGCACCUUCUGGUGGGCACCGUGGGGGCCCCUGGCCAGGCCCAAGGUCUCCGCAGCUGCAUGUGUGCGUGUGUCGGGGGGUCUGCCCGGAGUCUGAGCAGCACAGAAGGGGCCUGUCUACCUGAGACGCGAGUCUCGGGUAGGGGCAGCUCCCUGGAGCGUGCGAGAGGAGGGAGAUGGGCGGGGUGUGGGUGGCUGACCUGGCAGGGACGGGGUAGAAGGCUCAGAACCCCCCGCCCCCAGACUUGUCAUGUGUCCAGGCCGGCAGAGCACAGGUCGCUGGGGUUACGGUUGUCCAAAGUGACAGCUUGGGCAGCGAAGGGCUCAUGGUACAGCCUCUCCAGCUGCGGUGGGAACUGAGUUGGUUCAAGGUCACUCCUGGAGGAAAGCCUGUGACUCCCCCUCUUUGUCCCAAGAAAAGAGAAUCUCUGUGAGUGCCAGUGAGAAGAUUCCGUGGGUCAGGUGAGCCCGGUGCUGGGGUCACCUGCCGCCAGGCCUCCCCCUUCAGCACUUCAGGUGCUGCCGUGUCUUCUUCCGGCCUCCGUACAAUAUCCAUUCGGGCCCCUCUCACAGCCCGUCCCAGAAUGGACCUCGAGUCAGCCCAGGCUGCGUGUGGCCGGGCAUCAUCUCAGGCCAUAUACCCAUCAGAGAGCCAGGGGUGCAGGCUCUUCUGUGCCCUGUUCCCACACCCAAACAAAGGCACAUUUGGCCUCUUUUGUGCUCAAGGAAAAACAGCAACCAAACUGCACCGCUCUCCCCACCGUGGCCCACCAAGUGCAGGCUCGCUCCAGCCUUGCUCGGCCCACGGCAUUCUCUGACACCUUCCACCUCCCUGGGCAGCCCCUGCCGGACGCCGCUCCCUGCCACCUAACCUUUCCAGGUGGUUUGGAUGACCCCAGCACACCCUGAAGUCAGUGGUUGUGAGACUCCCUGUUACACUGGCCCCAUGGGGCACGGACAUGACACAUGGACAUUCUCAUGAUUUGUGCACUGGGGACGUGUGGUGGUGGCUCCCAUCCGAGUGAGAAGGAGGUUCAGGCCUCUGAAGCUUCGCCUCAGACGAGAGGUGCAGGAGAGUGGGCUGGAACCCCUCUGGCAGCAGUGUCUGUGCCUGCUGGCCGGCCAGGACCUUUCUGUUCCUGGUCUCAGGUGUAGCACGUGGUGGCCACCCCGCUCCCUGCUGGACGGCACCACUGAUAGGCUCAUCAGUAGGAAUUGGGGCCUGGGACCACAUCUGUGACACACGUGCAGAUCCCAGGAGAGGGUCACAUCCUGGACUGGACUUAGACAUUUUCCAAAAGCCGGGCUGAGACAUAGAGAAGAUGUGACAGCACAGUCAGGGACAGGACUUAGUGUGGCUUUUAUGAUGGCCUGAGGGCAGGAGGGAGAAGCAGGGAGGGGUGAGUUGUUCUAAGAUGAAUCUAGCUCCCGAGGGUCUGGCCACGUCCCACUCAGGUCAGCCAGCCUGAGGCCGUGGCCUCCAAAAGGCCAGGCCCUCGCACCCAGGGCACAGGUGUCUGAGGCCAGCCAACCUGCAGGGCACCUGAGGCAUGGGGCAGGGCUGAGAGAAGGGGCCCACUCGAAGGUUUCUGAAAAUCACCCCAAUUCAGGAGCUUCCAUGGCCAUGGAAGUCCCAGGGACUGUCUCGUCUUGGCGGUGACUAGGAGCCAGGUGUGGGCCACCUGAGGGCCCCCUUUCAGGCCAGUUCAGUGGGAGGGCCUGGGUCAGAGUUGCUGGAGAGGAACCCGGUCUCCAUGCCCAUGCUGCCCGAAACUACUCACGUGUCAUACGAGUUGGGACAAGUCGUUGAACAAACUGAGACUUGGUUUCUGCAUCUGUGACAGGCAAAGCUGAUCUUGCAGGCCCCUGAGGGCCUCAGCUUGUGGGGUGCAGAGAGGAAGGCCUGGCUGUGUGCCGCCCCAGCUAAGAGGGAGGGGAGAAAGAGCCAGAAAGCUAUCUCUCGGAUGAUCUUUGUUUGAAAACUUGAUGCUUCUCAGGCGGCAGACUCAUUUUGUUUAAGGAGCAGCCGCCCUCGUCUGGAGAGGGCUCUCUGUCCCCUCCAGGGGAGGGUGAGCGCUUUCCUUGUGGCCCCAGGGAGGGUAGGUGCCCAGGGUGGGGGGAGAUGCUGGUGAGUUGCAAGGCCUCCCGCUCUGAGGAAUAAAUUGCUCAUAAGAUACCAAUGUUUUAUUCACAAACAGACCGCAGGCACACACACAGGCACACUCCCGGGGCGACUGCAGUGAGGUGGUCUCCCCUUGGCCCCUCUGGGGCGGGUGUGGCAAAGCACUUGGGGAGGGCCCCUGAAUGUCGCUAAUGCUACAGGUACAAGCGGGGUUGCCGUGCUGGUCCUCCAAACAACAGGCUCUGGCUUCUUCCUGGGCCGGUGCUUCCUAUAGCUACCUGUCCCCUGAGGUCCCCUGUGGCUUGUACAUACGUGGUUGUGUGACACACCCCGGCCCCUGCACCAUAACCGCCAUCCUGACAUAACGACUCUAGUUCCCUGACGUCCUAAACCUGAGUGUUAGGCUCUAGGCUCCUGUACUGUGUGUGUGCACUUAAGGCUCUGUCCAUUAAGAAAUAAAUGUGGUUCCUUAUGCAACACCUGC